AUGGCAGCAAGUACAGGCCGUGGAGCAACAGUCAAGCAACUUCUCGGGACGGACGGGGUCGAUUCAGACCCCAGAGAUUCUAAUGAACAGACGCCGCUUUCUCGUGCAGCAAGAAGAGGUCAGCUGGAAGUAGCAGAGCUCCUGAUCGCGACGGAGGGUGUCAAUCCGGACUCCAGGGACUCCAAUGGACAGACGCCGCUUUCGCAUGCAGCACAGUUUGGGAAGCUGGCAGUGGUAGAGUUACUGAUCGCGAGAAAAGGUGUCAAUCCAGACUCCAGGGAUAAUAACGGAAGGUCGCCGCUAUGGUAUGCAGCAGAAUAUGAUCACGGGGAUGUGUUCCAGCUACUACUUUCAACCGAGGGCGUCGAUCCGGAUCCCAAGGACUCAUAUGGACGACCGCCGCCCUCUUUUGACUUAUAUCGGCAGACUCGUUGGAAUAGUCUGAAUUUCCUCUCUUCUAUCAAGCCCCGCACCUAA